AUGCUUUUUCUUUCCGUCACCGAUAAUUUUCUACGAGAAAAUCCUCCUCUGGUAAUGCAGAUGCUGACGCAUAUACCCCUAGCAGUAGCUUACAGAUGUGUGAACGACGAGUGGGCGAAGACCAGCGAUGAGAAAGCUACAGCCAAACUUGAGGAGCAUGCGGACGUCGUAUGGAAUAUACUUGCCGAGAAUCGUGACUUCCUUGAAUGCAGAAAAGCUCUCCGUGAAUAA